CUCGAGGCUCGCGGCUGCCCUGCGCGCGCGCCACUCGCUAGUGUCAGCCAUGGAGCACGCGCGUCUCUCCUCGCUCCUCGUUAUAGCGCUGCUACAACUCAGCCAAACUGAAAUCUCAAACACUCUACCAGAAUCAUGGUACGCCGCUAACGUUAUAAAUGAUGGAUCAUACUCACCGAAGCCCUUAUCUGAGAUAUUUUCAACGCAAUCGACUUUCUCUUCGGCCAAUCCAAUCGUCGUGCUACAAUCCACCACACCAGAUCCGAUUUUGUUCACGACACCCUCAAGUUCAACAUCGACAAGCAGACCGAAUGACAGAAUAACAGAAAUAUCCGUUGUGCCCUUACCGACUGAGCAACCUGCUCAGCCACAGUCGACAGAGUCAGUGACGUCGCAAUCACCACCGAUCAUAAUAUUUGCUGAUACGCCGACAGCGCCACCACGGCUUCCCGAAUUGUCACAGUUCCAACAACCACCUGCACCGCCUUCGCCCCCACCAGUCUUAUCAGCUCCCCAGCAAAUCCAACUACAAACAGCGCCGCAAGGAACACCCCCUCCUCCUACCUCUACUACACUUCCACCAGUUACAACUACCUUUUCUUCAUUUCCACCAUUUACGUCUACAUCUUCAUUUGUAUCAGUUACGUCUACCUCUUCAUCAUUUGCACCAGUAACAUCUUCCUCUUUGUCAUUUGCACCAGUAACAUAUACCUCUUCUUCAUUUGCACCAGUCACGUCAACCCCCUUUUCGCUUCCACCAGUUUCAUCUACCCCCUUUUCAAUUCCACCAGUUACGAAUAGUACCUCUUUUUCAGUUCCCCCAGUAAUUUCUACCUUAUCUCCAGCAGUGCCUAAUACUAAUAAUUCCCCUCAAGCACCCUGCACAAACAGCUCAAAACCAGGCUCUCAGCUUCCAUCAUUCAGAAUUCGCCUUGUAGCUCCAAGCGGAUCGGUGACCAAAGUCGAAAUCAAUCCUCCAUUUACAACCACCACCAGAAGGCCCACUACGACGCGAACACGAAGAACGAGGAACAAUUACGAUGGCUGCGUCAGCGGGUGCGGAGGCAGGAAGAUCCCUAUCUGUACCAGUCCCUCGGGCGUGUCUCCCAUCGACCCCAACAGACUUAAAGGAUUCCCAUCAGUGUGCCACAUGGCGUGCCACAACUCGUUUAGGAAGACUUUGUACGAAAAGGUGGCUGAUGGCCGAUGCGGCCAACUACGCACACGAAUCAGGCCUCUUGGCUCCAAAAACAAGCUCAAGAAGGACGAUCUCCAGAAAGCUACAUAUACUGUCGUUCAAGCAGGCCCGUCAGUCAUCGAGUUCUCACCUUUGAACUCUUAGAGGCGAAACUUUUGUCAAAGUAAUUGUAGUAAACUCAUCAGCGA